GCUGAGCAUGCGCAGAGGUUCGGGGGCUGGCGGCGGCCUGGGCGGCCUCCGCGCCGCCACCGCCACCGCCAGCACCGCGAUGGGCUGAGGGAGAGGCGGCGGCUCCGGGCUGGGUGCUCCGAGGAUGGAGAGAGCCAUGGAGCAGCUAAACCGGCUGACGAGGUCCCUGCGCCGCGCCCGCACCGUGGAGCUGCCGGACGACAAUGAAACUGCUGUCUAUACACUAAUGCCGAUGGUUAUGGCUGACCAGCACAGGUCUGUCUCAGAGCUGCUGUCGAAUUCAAAAUUUGAUGUGAAUUAUGCAUUUGGACGUGUGAAGAGAAGUUUGCUUCAUAUUGCAGCAAACUGUGGAUCAGUCGAAUGCCUUGUUCUAUUAUUAAAAAAAGGAGCAAAUCCAAACUAUCAGGACAUUUCAGGAUGCACACCUCUCCAUUUAGCAGCAAGGAAUGGUCAGAAGAAAUGUAUGAGCAAGCUGCUGGAAUACAGUGCAGAUGUCAACAUUUGUAAUAAUGAAGGCUUGACUGCAAUUCAUUGGUUGGCUGUCAAUGGACGAACAGAAUUGCUUCAUGAUCUUGUUCAGCAUGUCAGUAAUGUAGAUGUUGAAGAUGCAAUGGGACAGACAGCUCUUCAUGUAGCUUGUCAAAAUGGACACAAGACAACGGUGCAGUGUUUGCUAGACAGCGGUGCUGAUAUAAACAGGCCAAAUGUGUCAGGGGCAACUCCACUCUAUUUUGCUUGCAGCCAUGGUCAGAGAGACACUGCACAAAUUCUUUUAAUGAGAGGAGCCAAAUAUUUACCAGACAAAAACGGUGUUACUCCACUGGAUCUCUGUGUACAGGGUGGUUACGGAGAGACUUGUGAAGUCUUAAUACAAUACCAUCCUCGACUUUUCCAGACAAUAAUUCAAAUGACACAGAAUGAAGAUCUACGGGAAAACAUGUUGCGGCAAGUUCUGGAACACUUGUCUCAGCAGAGUGAAAACCAGUAUCUUAAAAUCCUAACAAGUCUUGCUGAAGUUGCUACAACAAAUGGUCACAAACUGCUUAGCUUGUCAAGUAAUUAUGAAGCUCAAAUGAAGAGUCUCUUAAGGAUCGUGAGGAUAUUUUGCCAUGUCUUUCGCAUUGGCCCAUCCUCUCCCAGUAAUGGAAAUGACAUGGGCUACAAUGGAAAUAAAACUCCAAGAAGUCAGGUGUUCAAGGUCAGAAAAGUAUAUGAUGUUGUUAGGAAGAUAGACGUUAAAGAGAUGAAUUUCACAAAGCAUGCAUUCAUUAAUCAGACAUCUCAUGAACAGGAACCGCUGGAACUGCUCUGGCAUUCUCUAGAUGAAUGGCUCGUUCUUAUAGCCACAGAGCUGAUGAAAAACAAAAGAGACUCUGCCAACAUUACUUCUAUUUUACUGAAGCAAAAAGGACCAGAUCACCAGGAUGCUACUCCUACGCCUUCCUUUGCCGCUGCAGAAACCGAGGGCACAAAAGAGCUAUCCACUGAUGCUGGCGAGUUGAAAACAUAUGAUGUUUCUGGGAAGCAGGAAGCUUGUGCUGAUUGCCAGGAUGUUAUCUCCAUGACAGCAAACAGGCUAAGUGCUGUCAUUCAAGCCUUUUAUAUGUGCUGCUCCUGUCAGAUGCCUCAGGGGAUGACGUCGCCUCGUUUUAUAGAGUUUGUCUGUAAACAUGAUGAUGUCCUUAAGUGUUUUGUUAACCGAAAUCCCAAAAUAAUUUUUGAUCACUUCCAUUUUCUUCUUGAGUGUCCUGAAUUAAUGUCCAGAUUUAUGCACAUCAUAAAAGCUCAGCCAUUUAAAGAUCGCUGUGAAUGGUUCUAUGAACAUCUGCAUGCUGGGCAGCCAGAUUCGGACAUGGUGCACAGGCCUGUCAAUGAAAAUGACAUCCUUUUGGUUCACAGAGAUUCUAUUUUUAGGAGUAGCUGUGAAGUUGUUUCUAAAGCAAAUUGUGCAAAACUAAAGCAGGGGAUUGCUGUGAGAUUUCAUGGAGAAGAAGGCAUGGGACAGGGUGUUGUGCGUGAGUGGUUUGAUAUCUUAUCCAGUGAAAUAGUUAACCCAGAUUAUGCCUUAUUUACCCAGUCAGCUGAUGGAACAACUUUCCAGCCCAACAGCAACUCUUCUGUAAAUCCAGACCAUUUGAACUACUUCCGUUUUGCAGGACAGAUCCUGGGGCUAGCUCUGAAUCACAGGCAGUUGGUGAACAUCUACUUCACGAGAUCAUUCUACAAGCAUAUUCUUGGUAUACCUGUAAAUUAUCAGGAUGUAGCGUCUAUUGAUCCAGAGUAUGCAAAGAACUUGCAGUGGAUUUUAGAUAAUGAUAUCAGUGAUCUGGGUUUAGAGCUGACCUUCUCUGUUGAGACCGAUGUGUUUGGAGCAAUGGAAGAAGUGCCAUUGAAGCCAGGGGGUGCAAGUAUACUUGUUACACAGGAAAAUAAGGCUGAGUAUGUCCAGCUUGUCACAGAGCUUAGAAUGACAAGAGCCAUUCAGCCUCAGAUAAAUGCCUUUUUACAAGGCUUCCAUAUGUUCAUUCCACCGUCUUUGAUCCAGCUUUUUGAUGAAUAUGAACUGGAGCUUUUGCUGUCUGGUAUGCCAGAAAUUGAUGUGAAUGAUUGGUUAAAAAAUACAGAAUACACCAGUGGCUAUGAAAGAGGAGACCAAGUUAUUCAGUGGUUCUGGGAUGUCGUGGAAGAGCUAACUCAGGAAGAGAGAGUAUUGCUGUUACAGUUCGUUACUGGCAGUUCCAGGGUGCCUCAUGGUGGCUUUGCCCAUAUAAUGGGUGGCAGCGGUUUGCAAAAUUUUACGAUUGCUGCUGUACCGUAUACUGCAAAUCUUUUACCAACAUCAAGCACGUGUAUCAACAUGCUCAAGUUACCUGAAUACCCAAGUAAAGAAAUCCUUAAGGACAGGCUUCUUGUGGCAUUGCACUGUGGAAGCUAUGGUUACACAAUGGCAUAAUGAAGUCUAGAGAACUCAUUUGGCUACUGAUGUGCAAUUUCAGGUGGCAGAAGUAAUUUUGGAAACUGUCAAUAGAAAAGCAGCUUAGAUGCUGCAGCGCAUUGGCAGGGCUGGGCUUCAGAAUUCCUACAGGAUCAUCAGCUUUUUGUCCACUAUGCAUUGUCAAAAGUAACUUUGAUACCUUCACAACAAACUGCUCAGUAUGCUGUACUUUCAUUUUAAAAAUUACAGAUUUGUAUGGAAAUCAGUUUACAUGCUUUUUGUUAUUACUUCAGUCUGAAUCAGAAAGUUUGUCAGAAUCUUUUUCCACAGUUUGCUUUUGAUUUUCACCUAUAUGGUCGAAUGACGUUUGCGUUUCAGUUCCUUUGCACUCAGAUGGCAUACUGCUAAUGGACAGACUUGUACUUUAUGCCUUGUUGCAUGUCAAAGUGCCAUUUAUUUUUGCAGAGAACACUAUAGAAAGUUCAGUUGGGAUAUUGUACAGUAAGACAGAGCUGAUGUCUUUUCCAUUUCUUUGCAUAGUAACAAGAUUUUAUAACUUUUUAGUAUUUUAAUGUAUAUAGUAUGUAAAGACUAGGCGUAUCACUGGAAAAAAUAACAGAUGAAGUUAAUAUCUAAUUUAUAUUAGAGUUUACACUAUAUUCUGCUAGAUAUUUAAAGUAUUUGUGACUUUAUAGUCAACUUGCAGUUUAGAAUUUGUAAAUAUUAUUUAAGAUCUAUAUUCAUUGUUUGAAUGCCUUUACUCUUUCCGUUACAUAAUUGUAUGUUCAAAAGGUAUUAUUAAAUUUUAAUAUUUUAACCUAAGUCUGAAUGUGACGGGUUUGUGUGUCUUUGUGGAUGGUUUAUUCUUUUUUACUAUGGAUUUUAUUUCUCUUACUAUAAUUUAAAUUGUCAUGAAAGCACCAUUUGAGAAGGUAUUGUCAAAGUGUGUGGGUGGGCAUAAGCAAAUAAGGAAAGAACUUGAGCAUAUUGAGAUUAAUUGACAAGACAAUAAUAAUUAGAAUCUCAUGUCGGAAUUUAUAUAAAAUUAGAAUAUAUUACUCUGUAAAAAUAUACAGCAAUGGCUCAUUGUUUGUUUUUGAUAAGUAGCUGCACUUGUUGGGGAAGAUGAUGCAUUUGCAUAACUGCUUUUUUAGGGACCCUAGGGUAGGUCUACAUUAUUGUUUUGGUUCAGGCUACAAGUAGUUUUUUGGUUGUAGGUGGUUGUUUCUUGGACUUUUGUUUAUUAUUUCAUUACAUAUAUUUUCUAAUUUGGUAAUCCUGCUUUUCAUGCUUUUUUUUUUCAUGCUUUUUUGCUUCAGAGAAUGCAAACUGGAUUCUUUCCAGAUGAAACUAAACAGAAAAACAUGAUCCGAAAAUGUACCAAAUCCUAAUGGAUAAACAUUAAUUAUGUCUGCAAGACCUGCGUGAUCUGAAGAGUUAGUAAAUGAGCUCAGGAAUAGGAAACCCUCCAAACAUGUAGAUUUUAAGGUUCAGGUCCUCAGCAGAAACUGUUUGCCACAAUCCAUUCAUGUUUUCCUACACUAAGUGCUAAUGCAUGUGUAGCCUGAGUUCACCAGCUGAUGUGCUGCUUACUUGCUGCUGUUUUUUCAGAUUUUACUGAUUUUAGUCUAAAGCAUACAUAACCUCUCUGGGAGCGUGAGAGAAAUCUGUGGGCCAUCUGAUUCAGUGGUGCCACAAUAAUUUCCCUUUGGGCUAAGCUUUAAACAUAGACUUGUUAGCUGUAUUUCCUUUCUGGUUCUAUUUGCGCGCAUGUAUGCAUAAAUGCUGGCUUAAAUUCUUAUGUGGUGUCUGUGACUGCAAUUUAAGGAGAAUACUGGGUUUAGGGGAAAGAGCAGACUCUUCCAGCAGGGUAAUCCAGUGAAAGCUGGUUAGACUGUUGCUUCAGUCAGUGGAGAGAUGCUGUUCCUCUCUGGCAUGCUCUAGGAAGCUUAAGGUUAUUUAGAUGGGUUAGAUGUUUGAGUGUCUGUGGGGUUUUAGUGUUAAAUCCCAGUUAUCUUGGAUCCUUCAGUUAGCAAAAGUACUUUGCUUUUCUGCACAGUUGGACAGUGCUUGGUUCCCUGGCUAUGUAGCAUAUUUCUUUAUGUGCCUAGGCAAGGUAGAUUGGUAGCAAGACAGUGUUUUGAGCAAUACAGGGUAUUUGUUGGGAAUUACGUAUUUUUCUUUAUGUAAACUGGGGUUUUUGUCUUUAUCCCAGGGUUUUACUGUAAAUACUGUUGUUCAUUAAAUACUAUGCAAUUUGU